AUGCACUUUAAAAUGUUAGGUGAAGCACUUUCUGUUAAACUAAUGUAGAACUACAACUGGAAUGCAGUCACUUCAGAUUGAAUAUAUUGUGUUGAUGGUGCUCUCUGGCCUCUACUGAGUCUGUUGGUGGUGUGGGCAUUACUUCUUGUCUGUUAUUGACAGACAGUUGGCACUUUAUGUAAGAACAUGAUGCACAUUUGCACCUUAGGAGGGUUAUCUGCCUAACUUGGGUCCUUGUCAUAGGAAGAUGUGUUUUUUUUGAUACUACUAAAAACACUUACACAUUAAAUAUCAUUGAAUUCGAAGCAGUCGUGUACUUUUAAACAGACGCUUCCUUCCUACAAAGCUAAUUGGAUUUUCAGUUUCUUUGUCUCAGUGGCUUUAAACAAACGAGAAAAUGUUGAAUCACAAACAGCUGCGACCUUAAUAUAAAUGCCCAUCCUGUUAUUGUGGGUUGCACAUGUUACUGUAGAAGCUCUCCUUUCUGUGUAAAGUGGGAGCCUUCUGUGCGUCCACAUCAUUUUCAAGUUACUAACAUUUAACUAACAACGAAUAUUUUGUCGAAGCCCCUUUUAUUCUUCAGUCGAGGACAUGAGAAGGACCAUCAGAGCACAUUUGGCAGAAUGAGGCCUCUGGUCGCACUUCUCUUUGCCGUUUCUCUGCUGAAUUCAUGUGAAGCACAAGGGCCCAGUGCUGUGACUACUGUGUUUGUGCAGAAGGGACGUGAUCUGAUUCUGAAUGUUGAUGCUGAUGUUCCUCAGGAUUUUUUAAAUGUUUUCUGGAAAUUCAAUAAGACGGUCGUAGUAAGAUUUGCACCUGAUGGAAAACAUUUAGUACAUCCUGAUUUAACUGGAAGGAUUGAGUUUACUGUGAAAAAGUUCUCUGUGAUAUUGAAGAAUCUACAAGAGGCAGACAGUGGAGUUUAUACUGCAGAAGUGAUAGGGUUUGAAGGAAACCAACCACCAGCUGAAUACAAGGUCACAGUUCAAGGUCCAGUGUCUCCAGUUAACCUGACAGUGGACCCAAUGUUCUCCAAUGGCUCAGACUCCUGUAACCUCACUGUGACCUGCAGUACACAGCACUCUCACAUCAACAGCACUUUUAGAUGCGUCAACCGAACCUGCAGUCAGGAUGGAGGAGAGAAAUCAGAGCUCACAACCUCUGGUGCUUCUCUCCACGUCUACCUGUUGAAUAGCUCCAUCAUCUGUAACCACAGCAACCACUUCAACUGGACCCAAGUCUUUAAAAGGAUUGAAAAACCUUGCCCCCAAUAUGGUGGUAAGACUGAAAGACAAGAAGACUUCCUGAUAAUAAUGCUGUUGUUGUUUUUAUGUUUUAAAGAAAUCUUUUACACUUCCAAGUGAAUAACUUCAGUUGUUUUCCGCUGUACAUUAAUACAUUGGGUUUGUUACAAAUAUGGUUGAACUAGUAUUUCAUGGGAGUGUGGGGUGUAGGAUUUCAGCACUGAAAAAACUUUUGCAGUACAAAUCUUGUUAAUAUCUAAAGAUUCCCAUUUUUUACUUUUAAAUUCUGUGAAGCGUUGUUGUGAAGUGCAGGAAAAACAACUUGCGUGUUCGUUUUAAUGGGUUUAAAGUCAGUUUUACACUUUCAUUAAUUUUUUUUUUAAAUUGACGUUAUUUCAAGUGAAACCUAGUACCCCCCCCCCCCAAACAAAACCAAACCCUGAUCUAGCGGCUAUCAUGAAUAGCUAGUAUAGGUUAUUAAGCCAAAACGGUCAGUGGAAUAUCACCAGGUUGAUCUUGUAACACUGAGAAGCAGGUGGUAUUUAAAUUAGCUGAUUCAGGGACUUUUGGAAGGUUGGUAGUGUUAAAUUGUGACUGUUUUAAUUAAAUAAAUCAAAUGAUUUCUUACUACAGAUCAGGUUACCGAGACAUUUGUAUGAUAACACUGCAGUCUGUCCAGAGCACGGGCUGGGAACAUGUGAUGCUACAGUGACACAUUCUCAACUAUGUUGCAUGACUUAAAUCAGGCCGACUCUUCUCAUCUGAUUUUGUUUUACAGCUCGUAUCCAUGUCCCUGUCCAUAUCCCUGUGAUUGCUAUUCGGUUACCAAUUCUCAUUGUCGUCAUCAUUGCUGGUGUGUUCGUCCUGUUUC